CUGGAGCGAGUGCGCCCAGAGCGGAGCUCAGCGGCUGGGAGCCAGCGGGGGAGCCCUGGGUUCCCGACCAUGAAACUCUUGGGCACGCCCCUCCAGAAGCUGUUAGCCAAGACAAUCUAGUUUUCCUUUAUACAUCUCUUAAGACACUUAUGAAGUUUCUUGUUCUGAAAUUGCUGUACUGCAAUGAAGAAAAGGAGAAGGCUUACUUCAAAUCUUGAUGAGAAGAUCCACCUAGGCUAUCAUAAAGAUUCUUCAGAAGGAAAUGUUGCAGUGGAGUGUGACCAAGUGACCUAUACUCAUUCUACAGAAAGACCAACUCCUGAAGCUCUUAACUGUUAUCAGGAACUUCCUCCAUCUCCAGAUCAGAGAAAGCUUUUGAGUUCUUUGCAGUAUAAUAAGAAUUUGCUAAAAUAUCUAAACGAUGACAGGCAGAAGCAGCCAUCUUUUUGUGAUUUGCUUAUCAUAGUAGAAGGAAAAGAAUUUAGUGCUCAUAAAGUAGUCGUUGCUGUUGGCAGUAGUUAUUUUCACGCGUGUUUGAGCAAAAAUCCAAGCACUGAUGUUGUCACGCUGGAUCACGUAACACAUUCAGUUUUUCAGCAUUUGCUUGAAUUUCUUUACACAUCAGAAUUUUUUGUGUACAAAUAUGAAAUACCUCUUGUUUUAGAGGCUGCAAAAUUUUUGGACAUCAUAGAUGCAGUAAAGCUGCUAAAUAAUGAAAAUGUUGCCACUUUUCAGCCCGAGCUAACUGAAAAGUCAUCACCAGAAGAAGCACUAAAUGAAUUAACUGGAAGACUAUCAAAUAAUCAUCAGUGCAAAUUCUGUAGUAGACAUUUUUGUUAUAAAAAGUCCUUAGAAAAUCAUUUGGCUAAAACCCACAGGUCCCUUUUAUUAGGGAAAAAACAUGGGUUAAAAAUGUUGGAGAGAAGCUUUUCUGCAAGAAGAUCAAAAAGGAAUCGGAAGUGCCCUGUUAAGUUUGAUGAUACCAGCGAUGAUGAACACGAAAGUCAUGAUGGAUCAGACAAUCUGAAUCAAGAGAAUUUUGAGAAGGAAAAAUCAGAUAGAAAUGAUUCUGAGGAUCCUGGAAGUGAAUAUAAUGCUGAAGAAGAUGAGCUAGAGGAGGAAAUGUCAGAUGAAUAUUCUGACAUUGAAGAACAAAGCGAAAAAGAUCAUAAUGAUGCAGAAGAAGAACCUGAGGCUGGUGAUUCUGUAGGGAAUAUUCAUGAGGGGUUAACUCCAGUAGUCAUUCAGAACAGUAACAAAAAAAUAUUACAGUGUCCUAAAUGUGAUAAAACAUUUGACCGAAUAGGGAAAUAUGAGAGCCACACCCGUGUUCACACAGGUGAGAAGCCCUUUGAGUGUGAUAUUUGUCACCAGCGCUAUUCGACAAAGUCUAACCUAACUGUUCACAGAAAGAAGCACAGUAAUGAAACAGAAUUUCAUAAGAAGGAGCACAAGUGCCCUUAUUGUAAUAAACUACACGCAAGCAAGAAGACUUUAGCCAAGCAUGUUAAGAGAUUUCAUCCUGAAAAUGCACAAGAAUUUAUUUCCAUUAAGAAGACUAAGAGUGAAAGUUGGAAAUGUGAUAUUUGUAAGAAAUCUUUUACUCGAAGACCACACUUGGAGGAACAUAUGAUUCUACAUUCUCAAGAUAAACCUUUUAAAUGUACCUAUUGUGAAGAACAUUUCAAAUCACGGUUUGCACGGUUAAAGCAUCAAGAGAAGUUUCAUCUGGGUCCUUUUCCAUGUGAUAUAUGUGGUCGCCAAUUUAAUGACACUGGAAAUUUGAAACGCCAUAUAGAAUGUACUCAUGGUGGAAAGAGAAAAUGGACUUGCUUUAUCUGUGGAAAAUCAGUACGAGAAAGAACUACUUUGAAAGAACAUUUGAGAAUCCAUAGUGGAGAAAAACCUCACCUUUGCAGUAUUUGUGGGCAAAGUUUUCGUCAUGGAAGUUCAUAUAGACUUCAUUUACGAGUACAUCAUGAUGAUAAAAGAUAUGAGUGUGAUGAAUGUGGAAAAACAUUUAUUCGUCACGACCACCUUACAAAGCACAAAAAAAUACACUCAGGUGAAAAAGCUCAUCAGUGUGAAGAAUGUGGAAAAUGUUUUGGUCGUAGGGAUCAUCUCACUGUUCAUUACAAAAGUGUACACCUUGGAGAAAAAGUGUGGCAAAAAUAUAAAGCAACAUUUCAUCAAUGUGAUGUCUGUAAGAAAAUUUUUAAAGGCAAAUCAAGUCUGGAAAUGCAUUUUCGGACUCAUUCAGGUGAAAAACCAUACAAGUGUCAAAUUUGCAAUCAGUCUUUUAGAAUUAAGAAAACAUUAACAAAACACCUGGUUAUUCAUUCUGAUGCCCGGCCUUUCAACUGUCAGCACUGUAAUGCAACAUUUAAGCGGAAAGACAAGCUGAAAUACCACAUUGACCACGUUCAUGAGAUCAAAUCUCCUGAUGAUCCUCUCAGUACUUCUGAGGAAAAACUUGUAUCCUUGCCUGUAGAGUACUCAUCUGAUGAUAAAAUCUUUCAAACAGAAACAAAACAAUAUAUGGAUCAGCCCAAAAUGUAUCAGUCCGAAGCCAAGACUAUGUUACAGAAUGUGUCUGCUGAAGUAUGUGUUCCAGUAACACUGGUUCCAGUUCAGAUGCCAGACACUCCAAGUGAGCUAGUGCGGCAUACCACCACACUCCCACCAUCUUCUCAUGAGAUUCUGUCACCACAGCCACAAUCAUCUGAUUAUCCACGAGCAGCCGAUUUAGCUUUUCUGGAAAAAUAUACUCUUACUCCUCAGCCUGCAAAUAUAGUUCAUCCGGUUCGACCUGAACAAAUGCUAGAUCCUAGAGAACAGUCUUAUCUUGGAACAUUAUUGGGCCUUGAUAACCCUACUGGUGUUCAAAAUAUUUCUAGUAAUGAACAUCAUUCAUGAGUAAAUCUAAACAUUCCACAGACUCUUUUAUGGUUAUAUGCUAAUGGUAGCCAAUAGCUGAUAACUUUUAAAUUAGUAGGGCUGCUAUUUUUCCAUUUUCUCUAGUUUCUCAAGUCCUCAGAACAGUUUUAAAUCCAGAAAACUGUGUGUCUCUGUUUACUGAACAUAUGAAUAUUUGAACAGAUUUUUCUGGCAUAAUAUUUGAAGUGAACUUUUUUUGUGAUUUUUAAAGAUUAUUUAGCAUUAAUUUUUAAUGAGUUCUCAAACUUUUCAGAAUUAUUAGCUGCUGGUAUUAUAGGGUUUGUUUUUGUAAUCAGUGGGAAUUCUUAUUCUUGAAUCUCCUUUUCCUUUUCUUUCUUUCCCAUCUCCUCACAAACAAGUGUAAGAAAGUCUUGGUGGAUAUGUCUGUGUUAUCUUUCCAUCUAUCCAUAAUUUUAGGUUAUAUCUUUUGAACUUUUUUUCAGA